AUGCUUUGUGAAGACAUGAAUCGAGGGUGUCCGAAUGACGCACGGGGGCAGUUUGGUUAUCUACGGAUUUGGUUGAACCAUUAGACGAGGCGUGAUUGAUGUCUUCGAUUGCGCACCGCAGCUCUCUCAAAGACACCACUCCGACUAGGCGACCAAGCUUCGUCACGUAUGCUCGCCGAAGGCCUAGCAAUGAGAACACCGAAUGAAUGCGCCGGAGUCGUCCCAAUUCGCCACGAACUUCGCCGCGCAAUUUGCCGCGCGCACCCUCGGACGCACGACUUGACACACACCCCUCGGCUUCCCAUGUAGCGCGUUCUUCUCUGGUAA